UGAAUACCAAAGUUCCCAUUCAGAUAUUAUGGAAAGAGUUAAUUCAGCUACACAUCAAUCCUAUUCCAAGUCUCCACAUCCAAAGAUGGUGCUUCUCAGUCUGGAGGUUAUCGCUAAGAUCGGAGCAUUCUUCGACAAGAAACUGCCAAGACAGGAUUUGCAUCAGUAUCUCAACAGUAUUAGACAGUUAGAAGCAGACACUCAGCACACCAUUGAUGAAGUUAUAAAAGAAUCACUGUCAGAUGAUGACUCUGAGAGUUCAGAUGGCUCUUCACUACCUGAUUCUGAUCAUAUAGAUCUUGAUGAUGAGACAGCCACUGAGAUCAAAGCAGAUCUUGAUGAACAAGAAGCACUUCUUCGUCAAGACUCCCACAAAACCAGACAAGAACUUAUUCAGAUGCGUGAUGGCCUCAUCUUGAGUUUGAUGCAAGAGUUCCACCCUGAGAAAUACUCAGAAGUCAAUGCCUUAGUUGAAACAUACACAGCAGACAAGCUAAAAAUUCUGUCAAAGAACACUUCAGGAGCAUCGAAUUCAGUGCAAGACUCUUCAGUGAGUGAUAGAAAGAAGCUGUGUUUCAUGAGAACCAACAAUGCUGCUUUGAUAGAGUCCAUUGAGUCAGAAGUUCCUGAUCUGCCGAUGAGCAUCAAAGCAUUUGCUUCAUCAAAACUUUCUCAUGAAGCUGAUGAGACUCUUCAUCAGAUUCUUGGCUUGAGCAGCUCAAGCGAACAAGCCCAGAGCUUUGCCAGCGAGUUCUCCAAGUUCUUGAAGAAAUGUCCAAAGAUCCCAUGGAGAUCAUCUGUCAUUGACAUUGAUCCAAGUGAAGUCGUCAAAGUAUUGGUUUACUUCUAUCUGUGUCAGUCUCCGAAGUCAGAUGCUGACAAACAAAGGAUUGAUUUCUGUUUCUCUGGACUCGUUGAGUGGUAUGCUGACUGGGCUGAAAGCCAAGGUGAAGAUCCUCAGGCAAUCAUCGAGCUUGCUGAUCAAACAGCUGAGAAAUUUGGUGGAGACUCUGCUAAGUUGGAACAGCUAAAGCACAUUCUCUUCGAUGAUCUGUCAGACAAUCAAAGAUAUUAUGUUAUUUGGAAUAUCUCAGUGUUUACUCUCGGAAUAGUCGAAGACAAACAUGAUAUUCACUAUAAGGUAAACCAAGCAGCUCUAGACUUCUACAUGUCGAACUUCUUGGCUCAGCUAUACUUGAUGGCCAAGGGCAAGCAAAUGUAUCUGAUGCUGUACAAGAAAAUAUCCAAGAUAUUUUAUGGCAGCAACAAAGACAUGUUUUCAUCAGACUAUUACAAAGAGUUCAUGACAAAGAAGCCGACAAACACAGUUGAUUACGUGUCCUUCAUAGAACACAUAGUUGAAAAUCCUGACUUUGAGAAGAGAUACAUUCAAGAUGCGAUCAAAUUAAUCUAUAUGUAUCAAGAAAGAUUCUCAAAAUAAGGAUUCGAACAUCACUGCAAAGCUUCUCAAGAAAAUAUUCAAGAAGUCUGCAGGCAUCAUUAAAGACAAUGACGGAAUUAUGGCUAGGUUUGAGUGAAUUACUCCAGAUGCAACAUUCUCCAAGCAUGCGGUGAUAGCUCUAUCAGGUUGGAUGAGUGAAUCAAAGUCUUCUCACAAGCGAGAAUGGAAAGGUUUAAUCGAGGCACUUGAACUUGAUUCGAGCUUUCCAAUCUAUUCUUUUUCAUGGGCUUCUUCUACUGUUUGGGAUAUGUUAAAGGCCUUAUUAAAGCCAAAAUGGUCAACCAUCUUGAAAUGGUUGAUUACGAAAAUAAAUAAGCGAUUAAAAAUCCCAGCGAAGAUCUUAGAUGUUAUUUUAAAGAUUAGAGGUCAGUUUAUAGAUAGUAUCAAGUCAGGAGAAGCAACAGGAAAGCUUCUUGCUCAUUCAUUGAUGUCUCAGUUCCCCUUCAAAGAUACUUCGAUAACUUUACUUGCAUUCUCUCUUGGCAACCAAACCAUUUACAGCUGUUUGGAAGAACUCAAAGCUUAUGACUGUGAUCACAUCAUUAACAAUGUGUAUUUUCUUGGAGGAGCUGUCUCAGUGCAAGACCCAACUGCCUGGAAGCAUACUCUCUCGGUGACCAACGGAAUCAACAACAACUGCUAUUGCACGAGCGACUUCAUCUUACAACUCUAUAGAUUUUCCCUCUUGAAGUAUCCAAUCGGGUUAAGCCCAAUUCUCGUAGACUCUGACAGAUACGAAGAAUCAAAGGAGGAUGAAGAAGAGAGUCCUGAUGGCUACAGACUAAUCAACCACGACGUAACUCAAGAAGCUAGUGGGCAUACCUACUACAGGCGUAAUAUGAAGAAGAUCCUUGGUAAGAUCGAGUUCAUAGGAUAACAUCAAACAUUUUGGGCAAAUUCAACUGUAUAAUUACUA